AUGGCUUCUCGCGCACUUCGAUCGGCUUCCAAGCUCCACUCCCAUUGCCGCACCUUCGGCUCCACCACAUGCACUCGAGCAGUAUUAGCUGGCCCAACCCCGCCAUCACAGAUAACAAGCCAUCUGCCCCUCCAACGACGAUCCUUCACAUCGUCCCUGCCCAAUUCAUUUACCUCUUCAUCUCCAACUUCCUCCCCAGCAACAAUGUCUACCACCGACGCCCUCAUCCAAGCGGCCCAGUCCCGCCGCACCAUCUACAAGCUCGGCAAGAGCAGCCCCGUGCCUGACUCUAAGAUCGAGGAGCUCGUCAACGCUGCUAUCUUGAACGUUCCUAGCUCGUUCAACACCCAGUCCACCCGUUUGGUUGUCCUGCUCCGUGAGGAGCACGAUAACCUGUGGGAUAUCACUAUCGAGACUUUCAAGGGCCUCGUUGCUACUGGUGCUGUCCCCGCGGAGGUCUUUGAGAAGCAGACCCUCCCUAAGCUGCAGGGUUUCAAGGCCGCUUACGGCACUGUCCUCUUCUACGAAGACCCCGCCCACAUCAAGCCCUUCCAGGAGAAGUUCGCCACAUACAAGGCUCACUUUGAGCCCUGGGCCGAGCACUCCAACGCCAUGCACCAGUACUUCCUCUGGACCGGCCUCGAAACCCUCGGCUUCGGCGCAAACCUGCAACACUACAACCCCCUCAUCGACGCACCCGUCGCCCAAAAGUGGAACAUCCCCACUGAAUGGCGCCUGAUUUCUCAACUCGUCUUCGGUAGUCCCGAGGCUGCUGCUGGCGAGAAGGUGCAGAAGCCUGUUGAGGAGCGUGUCAAGAUCUUUGGCAAGCAGUAA